AAAAAAUAAUUGAGUGAAGAAACACAAAUAACCUUUGUCCAAUUCAUUAAAAAAGAAAAAUCCUUUUGGACGAUACCAUGCUUUAUUAUAUAAAAUUCCAUCAUCAAACUCAUUACACCAAAGACAGAACCAAGGAAGAGGAAGAACUAACAAUUCUUCUUCUUCAUUCUCUUCUCCUUGUUCCCAUUUUCUUCAUUUACGCCGAAGAAAAUGGGAUCUCAGGUCUCGAAACAAAUCGAAAAACGAAAGGCAAUCCAAGCAGAAGAGAAAACUCUGUCUGAUCUAAAAAGCUUAGGAGAAAACUAUCCUGGUUCUGAUUACUACCCUUCCGACAGAAAAAACUGGAUGUCAAAUCUCAACCAUUUCAAACUCAAGAUCAACAUGAUUGUUUGGCCUGGAACACAUGAUUCUGCAACGGACAAAAUCGGUAUACCGGGAAUCACUCGACCUUUCGCGCAAUGCCAAACUUUGUCCAUUUACAAUCAGCUUGUGAGAGGAACAAGAGUGUUUGAUAUUCGCGUGCAAGAGAAUCAAAGAGUAUGUCACGGAAUUAUCGUAACAUACAGCAUAGACAUUGUUAUUAGAGACGUAAAGAAGUUUCUAUCAGAAACCGAAUCCGAAAUCAUAAUCCUCGAGGUUAGAACCGAGUUUGGUCAUAAUGAUCCACCCGAAUUCGACAAGUACCUCGAAGAAAACUUAGGCGAGUACUUAAUUCACCAAGAUGACGCUGUUUUUGAUAAGACUAUUGCUGAGGUGCUACCGAAAAGAGUUAUAUGUGUUUGGAAGCCGAGAAAAUUGACACAACCAAAGGCGGGUAGUAGUCUUUGGAGUGCAGGCUAUCUAAGGGAUAAUUGGAUUAACACAGAUUUGCCAUUGACAAAGUUUGAAAGUAAUAUGAAGUAUUUGAGCGAACAGGAAGACAUUGUGUCUAGAAAAUACCUCUAUAGAGUUGAGAAUACUGUUACGCCGGUUCCUGAUAACCCGAUAGUGUGUGUGAAACCUGUGACAGAACGGAUUCAUGGAUAUGCAAGACUCUUUAUUAGUCAGUGCUUUUCUAAAGGGUGUGGCGAUAGAUUGCAGAUAUUUUCUACAGAUUUUAUAGAUUUGGAUUUUGUUGAUGCAUGUGUUGGACUCACCCAUGCAAGGGUUGAGGGUAAAGCAUGACACAAAUUGUUCUGUAUUUCUUGUGCAUUGUAUUUGGGUAUGUAUAUAUAAGCAACAGUUUGUGAUGUAGUGUUA